AUGUCAUCGAGCCACGCCGCUGGUUGGCGCGCUCAGCGACGCUGGGAUGCUGACACAUUGGUGGCGCCCGAAUGGCUCAAUAAUGGCGAUAACGCCUGGCAGUUGACAGCGGCUACGCUCGUAGGACUGCAAUCGGUGCCAGGUCUGAUGGUCAUGUACGCUGGCUUGGUGAAGAAGAAGUGGGCAAUCAACUCGGCGUUCAUGGUGCUCUAUGCCUUCGCGGCUGUUCUCAUCUGCUGGGUCGUAUACGCGUACAAGGCUGCUUUUGGCAAGCAGAUGCUGCCAUUCGUCGGGGUCCCAGGUCCUGCCGUUGAGAUGAACUAUGAGUUGAAGCAGGCCUUUCUGCCCGAGGCUGGGAUUUAUGCAGCCUAUCCCAUGAGCACCAUGGUAUACUUUCAAUUCGUCUUCGCAGCUAUCACACUGGUGCUCAUUGCAGGCGCUGCGCUGGCCAGGAUGAACUUUCUGGCCUGGAUGGUAUUUGUGCCUCUCUGGCUCACGCUGAGCUACACUGUGGGCGCAUUUAGUAUCUGGGGAGGCGGUUUCCUGUUUGACCUGGGCGUGCUGGAUUAUUCUGGUGGGUAUGUCAUCCACGUCUCUUCUGGGACGGCAGGGUGGGUUCUGGCAUACUGGGUCGGGCCAAGGCACCCUCGUGAUCGAACCGAGUUCCACCCUAACAACGUUUUGCUCGCUUUGGUUGGUGUCGGUCUCCUCUGGCUUGGUUGGAAUGGCUUCAACGGUGGUGAUCCUUACACAGCUUCACCCGACGCUGGUGCCGCCGUGCUCAACACCAAUGUCUGCACGGCAAUGAGCAUGCUGACCUGGACGAUCAUGGACUUGAUAUUCUUCAAAAAGCCAGCCGUGAUUGGAGCAAUUCAAGGAAUUAUCACUGGCCUGGUUGCCAUCACGCCCGCGGCUGGAUUUGUCGCCGGAUGGGGAGCCAUCAUUAUUGGUCUCUGUUCGGGAAUCAUUCCGUGGAUUUCCAUGAACAUCCUAGGCAAGCAGGAGUGGUUCCUUGAACUCUCCGAUGAUGUCGUUGGAGACUUCCACACCCAUCUGGUAGGAGGCAUUGUUGGUGGCUUCUUGACAGGUCUCUUCGCCACCAGUGAAGGCGUUGCUGCAUUCGCACUCGCUCCAGUGGGCGGGGCGAUUGAUGGCAACGGUCGCCAAGUCUGGGUUCAGAUUGUUGGCUUUCUGUUUAUCAUCGGCUGGAAUCUGUUCUGGACCAGCGCGAUUUGCCUGUUCAUCAAAUAUGUGUUAAGAAUUCCCUUGAGAUAUAACGAGGACCAGUUGCUCAUUGGUGACGGAGAAGUUCAUGGCGAGCUGCCGUACGCCUUUUUCCAUGAAGGAAGACAUGACUAUGAUGCACACUAUGGCGAACCCAGCGGAGACGUGGAGAAGCGAGCGGGAGUGCUUGAGGGUGUUGAUGCUGCAGGGCAUUUCGGUAGCGAAGGCCCAAGUGGUAGCGCUACUGGUAGUGCGAACGGCAAAGAGACUAAGCAGGCAUAG